AUGAGCCGCCAUGUGGUUGACGUCGCGCGGAUAGGUCUUCACUUCUCAGGAAACUUGCCCAUCGCAGCAAUUCCACUGGUACGAUCGCCCACCAUCAGGGCGCAGCAUACAUUAAUACCUCGACUACCUGCCGCGACAGCCGUCCUUUCACAUACUCACCAUGCUGGAACCGCGGUUACACCCUUCAGACGGCCUCGAUCGGCGACGACGGAGAUAACGGAUCAUGUCUGGGCGAAAGGUCUGCACACGCAGUCGCGAACAUGGGAACCGACGGUGCCGUGGACGAUGAAGCUGGUGCUGCAGAGAAGAUGGAGCAGCGACCAGAAGAGUCCUAUAGAGAAUCCAGCGGCACGGGGAGCAGAGGCUGCACCAGGAAGCAAGCCUGUAGCAGCAACGUCCAAGACAUCUGAAAAUACCAGUCAUGGCACCGAUGCAGGGGAGCAGCACAAUUGGCUCUCUGAUCGACUGCCGCACCUACAACGGCCGACUAAGGAAGAGCUCCUUGCUGCGGCGACAGGCUUCUGGCAUAGACUGCAAAUUCGUUUCAAGUGGUUCUCGAUACGAAGUGUUCGACCAUUUACGAUGGAUGAGAUCUUUGCCUUCAUGAGCUGGAUAUUUUGGGGGCAUGUACUCUGGCUCAUCAUUGGAACGACCACUUUCGUCAGCCUGGCAAUUUGGGCUGUCAACACGGUCUUCGCGCAGGAGACAUUGGCGGGCUGGAUUGGCAACUACUUGACCAAAAGCAGCGGCAUCAAGAUCGUCUUCGAGAGCGCAGUUGUGCCGCGAUGGGGAGAUGGUGUGAUUCGCUUCAAUAAUGUGUUUGUGAGCCGUCGACCAGAAAGAGCAAAGAGGCAACGAUCAGUCACAAAGGGCUCUUCUACAACAGCGGCCGCAGAAGCAGCUGCAGCCAUGCAAGCUUAUGCGCAGACACAAAAGGACAGGCCGGUGUAUGGUCCACAGAACGAGGACGAAGACGAUGGCAACUACAGCCAAUUUGAUGUCACGAUCAAGCAGGUCGAUGUCAGCCUGUCCUUCGCGAAGUGGUUCAAUGGCAAAGGUCUGCUCAGAGAUGUGUCAAUCGUAGGAGUGCGUGGUGUUCUCGAUCGAACAUCAGUACAACCUCGAAAACCGGACGAUCCACCCCCAGAAGCUUAUCGCCACGAGCACAACACCGGAGACUUCGAGAUCGACAACUUCAAGAUGGAGGACGUGCUGCUGACAGUUCACCAGCCAAGAAACUUUCGACCAUUCCAAGUCAGCUUGUCAAUGUGUGAGCUACCGAGAUUGAGGAAGCAAUGGCUCUUUUACGACUUCUUGUCUGCCAACCACAUGUCUGGACAGUUCGACAAUGCUAUGUUCAAUGUGCAUCCAAGGCAAGUCCACGGAACGACAGGGAUGUCACUGAUUGACGGAGUGGAGGAAGACGCGUCACAGUGGAAGAAGCACACUCGGAUUGAGCUGCGAGGUCUGAACAUUGACCAUCUCAACCGAGGUGUCGAAGGUCCUUUCUCGUGGAUCCAGGAAGGCAACGUUGACAUCGUGUCGGAUGUCAUGCUACCGCACGACGCAGACGGAAGUAUUGCCAAGGUCAUGAGCGAUUUCUACGAUCGCAUGGAAGCAACCGUCUCCAAUCAAGCGCAUCAAGUGCAGCACGGUGGCAGCAGCUCGAACGUGAUCGACAACCGAGACGAUAUCCCUGAGCAGGUUCAGCAAGAAGUCAAGACCGAGGAGCCCCAAGACGAGAAUCACAAUCGCUUCAUCGUCUUCGACAUCAACAUCCACCUGAACGAUGUUCGAGCAAGUGUCCCGAUCUUCACAAGAGACCUCUCGUACGUCAAUAACGCCGCAGUCCGACCCAUCGUGGCCUACAUCAACUCACACUCCCGCGGCUCCUCAAACUACAUCCCAAUCAGUUGCCGCAUCAUCAAGCGACUGAGUGAGUUCGAUGGGUCCUGGACCGUCUUCGAUUCUGGCCUGCUGGACGACUUAUCUCGAGAGACAUACGAAGCAUUCGUCCGCGACAUUGGUGACCACAAACAACGCAACCGCCGUAUCCGAAAAGUAGGCUUAUGGGCGACACAGGUCGUUGCCCAAGCCCUCUUCCUCGGACUGGCUGGACAUCUUGCGUAA